CGAUCACGAGCUUAUCAAUUGGCUACAGCUUGUGCAUAAUAUUCCUUCCACCUAAGCUCCAAGGCAAUCUCCUCCUCUGCUCGAUCGCCCCUUCCAGCAGGCAGCAGCUGCCAUGGCAAGAAUCACCAGCAGAUCUGAAGCUCUUGCCGUCAUGGCCGUGAUGGCAGCAGCCGUGUUCGGCAUGGCGUCGGCGGCGACCUACAACGUGGGCGAGCCGGGCGGAUCCUGGGACCUGCAGACCAACUACGGCAACUGGGUCUCCUCCAAGAGCUUCCACCCCGGUGACCAGAUCGUGUUCAAGUACUCGCCUCAGUUGCACGACGUGCUGGAGGUGAACAAGGCGGACUACGAUUCCUGUUCCACCUCCAACCCCAUCGCCACCCACAACUCCGGCAACGACGCCAUCGCCCUAACCUCCCCCGGCACGCGCUACUUCAUCUGCGGCUUCCCUAACCACUGCACCGGCGGCAUGAAGCUCCAGAUCAGCAUCCUGCCAGGGGCCACCUCCCUCGCCCCGGCCGGUGCUCCCAAAGCAAACUCUCCCCUGCCUCCGUCAACACCCUUUUCUACCGCUACCAAGGCCACCGCCACCGGCUUCGGUCUCGCCGCCGUCAUGCUCGCCGCCGCCCUCAUGGCCUAGUUUAAUGUCCUAUUCCUUUUAUAUGUUAUGUUACUACGUACGUGCUAGCAGCUAUAGACUGCUGCCUGGACACGUAUAUAUACAGCUAGCACACGGUUCCUGUUAAUUAGUUAUCAUCUGUGUGUGUGUGUAUAUAUAUAUAUAGAGAGAGAGACCUGUCGAUCAGCUAGCAUUUACUUUAUGUAGUUACUUCUCUAUUUUCUCUAUUGCAACCUUCGGGUUCUGUAUAUUGAUUUUCAGAGGUGACGAUGACUAAUAAAUUGAGUCGCAUGUAUGCACGUAUCUUUA